AUGGCUGUCGCCGCAGAUGACGGGCAGUUCCUCAAGCAGGCGACUGGCCGCAACACCCGUGGCCUACUCCGAGUUAUUAUCCUGUGCCUCAUUGCGGGUGCUGCAGUGAGCAGCCGCCUGUUCUCUGUAAUUCGGUUCGAGAGUAUUAUCCACGAGUUCGAUCCAUGGUUCAACUUCCGAGCAACGAAAUACCUCGUACAGAAUGGCUUUUACAGUUUCUGGGACUGGUUCGAUGACCGAACAUGGCAUCCUCUCGGACGAGUUACUGGUGGUACUCUCUACCCCGGAUUAAUGGUCACCAGCGGUGUCAUCUACCAUCUCCUCCGCGCUCUCGCCCUCCCAGUCGAUAUCCGUAAUAUUUGUGUCCUCCUCGCCCCGGCAUUCUCCGGCCUGACUGCAUUUGCGACAUACCUCCUUACCAAUGAGAUGGUCACCUCGCCUUCGGCUGGUCUGCUCGCCGCAGCCUUCAUGGGUAUCACGCCCGGUUACAUCUCGCGAUCGGUGGCGGGAAGUUACGAUAACGAGGCCAUUGCCAUCUUCCUGCUUGUCUUUACCUUUUUCCUCUGGAUCAAGGCGGUUAAGCUUGGAUCCAUGUUUUGGGGCGCAAUGGCUGCGCUGUUCUACGGAUAUAUGGUGUCAGCAUGGGGUGGAUACGUCUUCAUUACGAACUUGUUGCCUCUGCACGCUUUCGUCUUGAUUUGCAUGGGACGCUACAGCCCCAGGUUGUAUGUCAGCUACACUUCGUGGUAUGCGCUUGGCACGCUUGCGAGUAUGCAGAUUCCCUUCGUUGGUUUCCUGCCUAUCCGCAGUAGCGAGCACAUGUCCGCACUUGGUGUCUUCGGUCUUCUCCAGCUCGUCGCAUUUGUCGACUGGGUCCGUGCACAGCUCCCUGGCAAACAGUUUCAGACUCUCCUCCGCGCUCUGGUCCUCAGUGUGUUCGUCAUCGGUUUCGGAGGACUUGUGCUUCUCACUAUAACUGGUGUCAUUGCGCCCUGGACUGGUCGUUUCUACUCGCUCUGGGACACUGGAUACGCCAAGAUUCACAUUCCCAUCAUCGCGUCCGUCUCUGAACAUCAGCCUACCGCAUGGCCUGCGUUCUUUUUCGAUCUCAACAUGAUGAUCUGGCUCUUUCCUGCGGGUGUCUACCUGUGCUUCCGCACUUUGACCGACGAGCAGGUCUUCAUUGUCAUCUACGCUGUGCUUGCCAGUUACUUCGCUGGUGUCAUGGUCCGUCUCAUGCUCACUCUGACUCCCAUCGUCUGCGUUGCGUCUGCGAUUGCCUUCUCACAGAUCUUGGAUACAUAUCUGGAGAUCAAGUCGCCCAAGCCUGCGACUGAGAAUGGAAGUGCCGAUGCUGCUUCAGUUGCUGCUGCGGCAGUAAUCCCUGAUGGUCUCCGGUCGAUGCGCAACCCACUUGUUGGUAUCUACUCGUACGCCUCCAAGGUUACCGUCGCCGGUGCUUCUGCCAUCUACCUCAUCCUUUUUGUUCUUCACUGCACUUGGGUCACCUCCAACGCUUACUCUUCGCCCUCGGUUGUGCUUGCAUCCAGGCUUCCCGAUGGCAGCCAGCACAUCAUUGAUGACUACCGUGAGGCAUACUACUGGCUCAGACAGAACACGCCCCAGGACGCCAAGAUCAUGUCUUGGUGGGAUUACGGUUACCAGAUUGGUGGUAUGGCCGACCGCCCAACUCUUGUCGACAACAACACCUGGAACAACACGCAUAUCGCUACUGUUGGUAAGGCAAUGAGCUCCAGGGAGGAAGUCAGCUACCCGAUCAUGCGCCAGCACGAAGUCGAUUACGUCCUCGUCGUCUUUGGUGGUCUUCUCGGCUACUCUGGAGACGAUAUCAACAAGUUCCUCUGGAUGGUCAGGAUUGCCGAGGGUAUCUGGCCUGACGAGGUUCAGGAGCGCAGCUUCUUUACUUCCCGUGGCGAGUACCGCGUCGAUGACGAGGCCACCCCGACCAUGAAGAACAGCUUGAUGUACAAAAUGUCGUACUACAACUACAAUGCAUUGUUCCCCGCCGGACAAGCGCAAGACCGUGUCCGUAAUUCGCGCCUCCCUGCCCAAGGUCCUGAGCUCAGCACCAUCGAGGAGGCCUUUACUAGCGAGAACUGGAUCAUUAGGAUCUACAAGGUCAAGGAUCUUGACAACUUUGGUCGCGACCACCAAAGCGCUGUGUCGUUUGACAAGGGUCACAAGAAGAAGCGCUCCACUAAGAGGAAGGGUCCCAGGGUGCUAAGAGUGGAGUAGAUACCCUGAGUUUGCAAUAAUCUUGAUGGAGAGUUCUAGCAUCUGUAUUAAAAUUAAGCCGUAUUGGGCGUAGUUCGCGGGCGGCCGUUAAGGGAACAAUAAAAACAUGUGAUUCCUAUUGUAGGAUGCGCGGUGAGAUGCGGUGAGAGACUAUUCGGAUUGGUCGAGUAUGGUGGGGACGUAGUGGUAGGUAUCGUAUCGUCUUUCACUUUGCGUUUCCUUAGACCGCAAAAUCAAUGCUCA